CUUAUUGGCUCAUAACUUAGAGCCCUGCCCCACGGGCCCUCAUUAUAUACCCGUAACAUCUUUUGCCACUAUAUGCUUUCCCGGAGUGCCGUAGUCGGCCCGCGCAACUACGUUCCUAUGAGAUGCCCGUUCUUUAACUGAAGCUACAGCAGAGUUCAUCUUCCCGAGCAGCACGUAAGCGAGCGAGCGAGUCCCUUCGUGAACCUGGACCCUCGUUUCUGAAAAUUACUAAUUGCGAAUUCUGAAUGGCGAGAUUUUGCGGAUUAGCGUAGGCAGGUGGAAAACAUGCGGAUUAGCAGCUAAGACGGCACUCUUGACCUGUUCAACGUGGGCCUUCUACUAUGUCUAUGAGGGCUUUCAUCUUUCUUGGUCGGCCGACUGAAUUCAUGAUUCGUGAAGGGACCCUGUCCAUGUCAUGCCCACGUGAAUGUCAACCUCGACUCAUCUGCUUCCACAUGGACUCCUGCAGAGAGCUCUAGGAAGGGGAUUCAUGGUACGGGUUAGGAAUAAUCAUCUUGCAUGCACGAAUAUUUGUUGCUUUUAAAAGGAGAAAAGCAGCAGGAGCAACACAGAGCGAGCAGCUCCAGGCCUGUACUAUGGUUUAGUUCUUCAAUGAAACCAUAACUUGUAAGAAUUUAUGAUGGAGGAGGAUGUAUUCAGUGGUACUCUCCGGCAGUACUUUCUUUCUUUUUGCAAUAUGCAAGAAUAUUCAGGAUGGAGAGGCCACGAUGAAGAAAUUAAGCGACAUUGAAACUACGGAAUUGGAAGGUCAUACGACGUUACAGUUGUGUUCCUCUUCGUACGAAAAUGAGCUAUGAGCCGAGAUCCUAAACGUCCAUCGGGGAAGGAAACCAGUGUUUCCUUUCAAUUGAGUUAUAAGGAAGAGUCUGGUCCUUUAGAUAUGUUUGACUGGCUCUCAAGUAAGGGAUGCUUUAUUCGUAAGUUGGUUCUAACAAUCCGUAUCGAUAUGG